AUCAUCAUCAACAUAAUCUUUUCACGGAGUUUGUGCUUUUCUAGUACUCCUCGGUGCCCAAACUGCAGAUUAUUAACAACCGUCGUUGCCGACAGUCGCCUGCCAUCAUCUGUCAUCAGUAAACACUGAAUAAUUUUUGAAUCGACAUUCUGUUACGGCUCAGAUAAAAAUUCGAUGAUUGCCCAAAAUUCAACGCCAUUUUUGCUGACAAUUUUCCUUUCCCUUGUGUUGAUACACUCGGCAAUCAUUCCGCCGCGGCCUUUCAACCUUUCCCACUUUCUCUAUCCAAAAGUCACGGCCUUCACUGAAUCGGACAUUCCUCUCCAGCCGCCGCAGUUUUUACAGGGUGUUUUGGAUUCGAUUGCUAAGAAAGAGAAAUGGGCUUUGGAGGACUUUUGGGUUUCAGAAUUGGAUGUAAAGAAAGCUAAGUACAAGACAGUGCAAAGAUAUGACUUUCGGGUUCGUGUUGGGAAGAUUGAAGUUGCGCUUAAGAUGCAUGAUGAAACGUCUGAAUGGAAGAAAUUGGGUGGAUCAAGAGAAAAUGAGUUAUUAAACUUUGAGGCGUUGGCCAGGAGAAUUGGUUCUACGGCUGUAAUUGACAGCUUUAAAGCUGAAGGCCCUUUGGAGUUGAUGGUUAUAGGAGAAGAUGAUCGGCUGUCUCUUGAGUUACCGUUGAACAGUUCACACUUUGGUUUGCAGCGGAUAUCAGUUGGGAAAGGGAUAAGCGUAGAAGUGAAAGGCGCUGAAGAAAUUUCUGUAUUCCAUCCUUCUGAUUAUCAAUUUCUGUAUCGUAUGUUCAGUUAUAGGAGAUGGAGUGGCUUAGGAUCAAUAUGGCCUGCUUUAUGCACGAGAUUACUUCCAAUACGUAUUAUAGGGUCUGCAUCCGUGACUGCCUACAGGAGCAAAAGACCAGGUGCACUUAUUCAGACUUCUUCUCGUUCCACAGAUGCGAUUAAAUUGUUGCCGGAGAGGUGUUAUGUCGGGCCAAACUAUGAUAAACUGAUGCAUCUGCCUUACCCUUUGAGCACCAGAAUAGCAUUGUUAAAAAGAGUUUUGAAGAACUUCCUGAAUGAGACGGACAAUCCAAAUGCUGCUAUGGGGUCUCUAAAGGUAAGAAUCAGCGCGUUUCCCAUGUAUCGCUUCCCGUUGGAAUUGAGAAGGAAUAUCAGAACUGAUGAUUCUUACUGGAGUACAGUAGCUGAGUGGAGAACGAGGCCUGCUUCCGAGCGCGUGCAGCUUGAAGUUAUGGCAAGAAUUGAAGGUGAAGUUCUGAAGCCCCUAGUGAUCAAGAAGGUCAGACCUCUCGUUAAUACCGAUUCAUUUUCUUGGAGUAGUUUAUCAUCGAAUCUCUCGUUCACCAAGUUGCCCCCUCUGCUCGUCCCUCCUGAGUCGUUAACUCUCGAUGUGAAAUGGUAGGAGAACUCGUACUGACACGUAUCGAGCUUUCGCUCAUCCCUUCCAAGCUAUUAACCCGGGAUGUCAAACGGCAGGAAACUUCUGACAGUCUUUUGUAAAGCUCAGCAGGUAUGGUUCACAGUUGGAGCCUUUUCUUGUACCUCUGUGUAUCAUAAAGGUUUUCGUCUAAUUAGGCAUAAUGUUGUACACAACCCACUGUAAGAUUGUAACUUGAAAUCAUAGAAGGAAACAAUGAAUUAGUUGUGUAACUAAAAGAUUUAUUAAGAUUUCUUUUGCACUUUAGAUACAAA